GCGUACUCGUCAACGUCAUCACGCACAGCCGGUCAGCUGAUUCUCGGUCGGUGCGCGAGGAAGAAGUGUUAUUGCUUCUCUAAAUUUGACGGACGAUGAACGGCGCGUCGGUUUUCGUUACGUUGUUGGUUUUAGCAGGUGUUUUUGGAGACCAGCUGACGGUGCUGCGGAGCCCCCAGUAUGUGAACUUCAGGUCGGGAAAAUGGCCGCUGGCUGGAGAGAAGAUCCCGGACCUGGUGGCUCUCACCAUGGGCUUCUCGGUCCGCGAGGAUCUUGAAUGGCCAGGCUUAGCGGCAGGUUCCCUGUUCCAGCGUCCUCGUGCCAACGCCCUGAUCGCCGUCCGUGGCAUCGACAGCUUAGAUCUUCCCUCUAAUGUCUCCUCUUAUCCACUGGAAAAUACGGUGCCGUUCACCCUGGACAGCGUUGCAAACUCCAUCCACACCCUGUUCGCCGAGAGCACUCCUGUGGUCCUGCAGCUCGCCCCCAGCGAGGAGAGGCUGUACAUGAUGGGCAUGGCCAACACGGUAUUCGAGGAUUUGCCCGUAACGCUGCAGCAGAUCCGCGCUCGUCUCUCUCAGGAGGGAUCAGUCCUGCCUUCACUCCCACUCAACUCCCUGAGCCGUAACAAUGAGGCUGAUCUGCUCUUCCUGUCUGAGAUUCAAGUGUUGCAUGAUAUUUCUGCUCUGCUGAUGAGACACAAGCACUUGGCUAAGGACCAGGCUCCUGACCUGUUCUCUCUGGAGCUGGCUGGUAUGGAGGAGCUCGCCCGGCGCUACGGCACGGACUCCCCCCAGUUCCAGGACGCCCGAGAGAUUCUGGUAGCAGCGCUGCAGAAGUUCGCCGAUGACGUCUUCGGCGUUUACGCCAGCAACGCGGUGGUGGAAGUGGUGACGGUGAAGACGUUCGAGAUGCCGCUGACCAGGAAGUCGCGCUCCAUCCUGGAGGCUAAGCAGAUUAGUAACCCGGGAAGCCCCUACAACCUGGCCUACAAGUACAACUUUGAAUACGCCGUCGUGUUCAACAUCGUGCUGUGGCUCAUGAUCGUGUUGGCUCUCGCCGUCAUCGUCAUCUCGUACAACCUGUGGAACAUGGACCCGGGCUACGACAGCAUCAUCUACAGGAUGACCAAUCAGAAGAUCCGCAUGGACUAACCGUGCAUUCCAUCACAGUGUUCUUGUGUAUUGUGCUUGUGUGUGUGUGUGUGUGUGUGUGUGUGUGUGUGCACAGGUUUCUCACUUCCAUUCAUCCCAUACGUCAAGUGUUUGUGUAUAUAUAGCUCUAAAACGUCAGUUUGUGAAUAUUUAUUGAUGCCUGCUAUUUUGUUGAAAAUCUAAAUGAAUACAUAUAUACUAUACACGCAGCGGAUGAAUGAAUUCGAACGAAAUCGCGCUCACGUGUGGUAUUGUGUUGUGUGGUGUUGUGUUCCUGAUCUAGCUACAUGUUGAAUCAGCCGUAUUUAUUAUUGUUUUGUUUUUUUAUUCCUGAUACACUGGACCAUAAUGUCUGAUACUGAUGUGAUGGGGGUGGGGUGAUGCACAAAAAUUGCAUGCAGUAAAACUUCACCUAGGUGUGAUGUUAAAACUAGGAGAUCGUUGGCGUGGUUUUAUUUGGAAAAGUCGAAGACAGUUGGUUAAAAAAAUGUUAGAAAUAUAAUUGUUUGAUCUGACAUGCAGCCAUUGAAGGACAAAAUGGUAGAUGUGAUAUUUUUAACUUGGCUUAACCUCAACUCUCCAUCACCCGGUACGUUCAGCUGACCAUGUUAUGUCCUCUGACCAUAACGUGAACUUUAGCCGAAUUGUUUUACCGACAAGUGUAGAGGUGCAGAGUUCAUUUGUUACCAAAUAAAGUCUUCUGAUACGGUCA